UUGACGUCGAUCCAUGUUUAUGAUGCUGUGUUCACCAGGAUUUUGUAAUGUCAUUUUGCGCCGGAAGAUGGCCAUAAAAGGAGCCUUCUUCCCGGCCAGCCGUUGUUCACCAGCACAUAAUACCCAUUGACUCAAUCAUACUUCAAUUGACGCAUACUACUCAAUAUGACGACCACAUUCAAGCUCAACACCGGCGCUCAAAUCCCUGCCGUUGGAUUUGGGACUUGGCAAGACGCAGAGGCACAGGAGCAAGCUGUUCUCGAAGCCAUCAAGGCGGGAUAUCGCCACAUUGACACUGCCAGAAUUUAUGGAACAGAAGAGGCCGUAGGAAAAGCAAUCAAGAAGUCUGGCGUUCCCCGUGACCAACUUUUUAUCACCACCAAGCUCUGGAACAACAAGCAUCACCCCGACGAUGUAGCGCAGGCGCUUCAGGACUCGUUGAACGACCUCGACUUGGAAUAUGUCGAUCUAUUCUUGAUGCAUUGGCCUGUGGCCUUCAAGAGAGGAACUGAAAAGUUCCCCAAAAACGAGAGUGGCAAGCCAGCUGUGGAGGAUACUGACUACGUCGAUACAUACAAAGCCAUGGAGAAGCUCCUUUCAACCGGAAAGGUGAAAGCCAUUGGCGUCUCCAACUUCUCCAAGUCAGAGAUGGAACGUCUCCUUCAGAACAGCUCCGUCGUCCCUGCAGUCCACCAGCUCGAAAGCCACCCAUGGCUGCAACAGCGUAGCUUCGCCGACUGGCACAAGUCAAAGGGCAUCCAUGUCACCCACUACUCUCCGUUCGGAAACCAGAACGAGCUAUACUCUCGCGAGGGCACAAUUGGCAAGCUGAUUGAUGACCCCGUGCUGGUCGAAAUUGGAAAGAAGUACAACAAGAGCUCUGCGCAAGUAGCACUUGCCUGGGGUAUCAACGAAGGACACUCAGUACUUCCCAAGUCAAAGACUCCAUCUCGCAUCAGAGACAACCUCCAAGGCGACUUCAAGCUAGACGCCGAGGAUCUCCAGAAGAUCCGGGGCAUUGACCGUAAGCUCCGCUUCAACGACAGCAGCGCCGACUUUGGCCGAGAAUUCUUCGGCGACUUGGACGGCAAGCAGAAAUAAAUUGGUAUCUUGCAGCUUACAUGUCUAUUAAUUCUAAAUGAGGAAACGAAAUGCAACGAAU